AUGAUUAUGAGCCGUAGUGUCAAUAUUUUAUCUAAUUUAGUUGAUGAAAUUUAUUAUCGUCUAACAAAUACAUGGCAACAAACAACAAAAUCAUUAGCUGUUUAUAAUAAUGAAAAUCAAAUUAUUGGAAUGUCAAUAACAUCUGAAAAUGAUGAACAACAAUUAUGGAAAAUAAAACAAUUAAACGAUAAUAAUAAUUUUACUUUGUCAACUAAAUUAAAUAAAGCCAACCAAGUAUUGACAUUGAUUUCAGAAUUUCCAUAUAAAUUAAAAUUAGCUCCUCUAGAAGAACAAUCACCAUAUCAACAAUGGAUUUUUGUUUUAACAAAUUAUCCACAUGAACAACAAUCAGCCUACCGUAUAAAAUCAAGAUAUUUAGAAACAAUUGAUAAACAAUUCCACUUAGAUUUAUUAAAUGAUAGUACAGCUGAAAAUUCAUAUAGAGUUGCAAUGAGGCAACAAAGACAUUAUUCAGGACAAUACUGGAAAUUAACCAACAGGUAG